AUGGCUGCCGAGCUAACCUCUAUAAAGCUCAACCCGGAAAGCCAUCUGAUCUUGGACCAACCACUCCUCCGCCUUCCCCAUGAACUAGCCCGACGCAACUUCAAGACUGUCCAACGGGUAGUCGAGCGAGAGAAAGAAUAUGUCCUUCCCGCGCUCAAAGAGGCAGCUAAUGCCUCCUUAUCCAAUACCCACACUCCAGACCAGACACUAGCCGCGCUAGAUGCUAUGAUAUCCCGCAUGCAAGGACUGAAACGGAAGAUGCAGAGCCUCCAAGAGGAAGAGAAGAAGAUCCAGACACAAUCUCGGAAACGCAUUCAGCACCUGGAGGCGCUGUACAAUAUUCCCAGCCUGGCGGAUGUCAAGUAUGACCAAUGGUCGCGCGUGCGGCUGGAUCGGUUGCUGGUGGACCAUAUGCUUCGGUCGGGAUAUUCCGAGAGUGCGAAACAGCUAGCAAAGGAGCGGGAUAUAGAGGGGCUGGUUGAUCUCGAGGUCUUUACACAGUGCCAACGAGUCGUGGAGAGUUUGCACCGUGGAGAGACUAAAGAGGCGCUACAAUGGUGUGGCGAGAACAAAGCGGCCCUUAAGAAAAGCCAGCACAAUCUUGAGUUCGAGCUCCGGCUACAACAGUAUAUUGAGAUGGUCCGGACACAGGACCCAUCGAAGAAAAUCGAUGCCAUUAAUCACGCUAGGAAGUAUCUAGUCUCUAACCAAGACCCGGACAGCAAGGAAAUCCAGCGGGCAGCAGGAAUGCUGGUCUUCGCUCAGGACACUCGGGCCGAACCGUACAAGACGUUCUUCUCGCACGACCGGUGGAAGUUCCUCUCAGACCUUUUCAUUCAAACACACCAUGAGCUCUUAUCCUUACCGUCGCAGCCACUACUCCACAUAGCCCUGUCCGCUGGCUUAUCUGCGCUCAAGACGCCACUGUGUCAUUCCGCCUAUACUUCCUCCAGCUCCAACUCCCAGUCUACGACGACAUCCGUUUGUCCCAUCUGCUCCACAGAAUUGAACGAGCUGGCGCGUAGGAUGCCCUAUGCGCAUCACUCGAAGAGUUACGUGGAAGGGGACCCGAUCGUGCUGCCUAAUGGUCGCGUCUAUGGCAAGGCGCGGCUGUUGGAUAUCAGCAAGAACGUCGGGUCGGUCGAGUCGGGUAAAGUCAAAGACCCGACAACGGGUGAAGUCUUCGACGAGAGCGAAAUGAAGAAAGUCUAUAUCAUGUAA